AUGUCUGUGAAGCGGAAUGACAAGCUCAAGUAUGUCAAGUUCGGCAAAACAGACAUGAUGGUAUCGGAGAUCUGUGGCGGAACCAUGACUUGGGGGUCUUUCAACGCCGACGAGUCGCAAUGCCAUGCGCAGAUGGAUGCCCUUGUCUCCGCGGGCGUCAACUUCUUUGACACUGCAGAGCUCUAUCCUGUCGCGUUCAAUUAUGGAAAGACCACGGAGACGUGGAUGGGGAAUUGGCUCCAGAAACACAGCGGAAAGCGCAGCGAGCUUUACUUUGCGACGAAGUGCAAUGCCGCAGGUAUCGGUGGCCAUGGCGAGUUUCACGACUACAACGCGGACGUCCUUCUGGCAUCCUGCAAGGCUUCCAUCGAGCGCUUGAGGUGUGCUGGUAAAAUACAUUGA